AUGGAGCAAUCACAAAACUUGCCAGUACAGGGCCAUGUGCGAAAUAAAUCAUCAUCGGCGAGAUCCUCUCGUCCAAGGUCCUCGACGAAAGGCCCUCUGGAUAUAGAUGACCCGCGUCUCUCCUCUGACCGGUCACGCCACCAGUCCCCCCGCUCUCCAGCACCACCAGGCCGCUCCCCUCUGGCCCCGCCAAGGGACUUUGCCUAUCUGCUCAAGCCCGAGAUCUACCACCCUCUCAACGCCGCCCAGACCAUCCCCGCCUCGUUCCGCAGCUCAGCCCAGCAGCCCCCACCAGGCACGCCCAUCCCGGACCUCCUCGCCCAGGGCCACUUCCGCGCCGCAGCCAUCGCAGCCGUCCAUGCGCUGACGGGCACAGGGCCAGAAGGGGAAGGCGGCGGUCACGCCCCCGCCCCGACGGACCAUGCACGCAUCUUUGACCUGCUGUACACGCGGCUGUCGUGCCUGACGCUCAUCGACGCCACGCAGACAGCCGCCCAGGAGGCGCGCGCCCUCGAGGAUAUUAACAGUGCGCUCUACACCGAUGAGAUCUCGGGGUUGCACCUCAUGCCGUGGGACCUGCGCCUGCUCGUCGUGCGCCUGCAGGCCAUGGGCUUUGGCGACCCUAGGCGGGCCGUCAUGAGCUACUACGACAUGGCGAGGGAGGCAAGGGGCCGGAUCGCAGAGGCUAUGGCCGUGCAUGACAACUCGGCCAGCGAGAUGUGGAAAGCCCGGCUGUCGGAGCUGGGGAUCAAGGUUGCAGGCGCGCUGGUGGAGAUGGACGACCUUCCCGGCGCAGCGGCCCAGCUCGCGUCGUUGCGGGACAGGGGGGACGGGAAGUCAGCCAUGUCCAAGGCGCUUCUGUGGCUGCAGCUGGGCGAUACUGAUGCCGCCAGGCGGUGUGUCAGGCAGGGUGAGGCUGGAGACAAGACCAUCUCGGCACUCUGCGAUAUGGCGGACGGUGACUACGAGGCUGCCCUGACCGUGUGGAGGGGGCUGGCGGCGGAGGAGGAGGGGGAGACAGCCGGGGACGAGAUGGUGGCCAUCAACCUGGCUGUCUGCCUCCUCUAUACGGGCAAGAUGGAAGAGGGAAGGGUAGUGCUGGAGGGUCUGAUCGAGAGUGGCUACUCAUCACACACCCUGCUCUUCAACAUUGCAACCAUCUACGAGCUUUGCACCGACAGGUCACGGAGUCUAAAGGCCAAGCUUGCUGAAAAGAUGGCCGGGAUGGAGGCCACGACAAGGGGUUGGGAGAAGUCCAACGCUGACUUCAAGCUGUGA